AUGGCGCAUUUUUCUGUAGUUUCACUCACCCAAGUUGUUUUGCUGUUGGUUUUCAUCUGCUGGACGACGAGUUCGACUGGCGCUGCCUUUUCCUUGGAGGAAGAAUUCCUACAACUGAAGGAAAAUUAUAUUCAAAUGAAACAAGUCUUGGAAUCGACAGCGAUUGAACUGCGGGCCAAAGUGACUGUACUGGAGGCCAAAGUUGAACAACAAGAUUCGCUUUUAACUUCCUUUUUACGAGAGAAAAAUGAACGCACAGCAGCAGCAGCAACCGACUCUGUUCCAAUUAGCAACAAUCAAUCGGCUGUUGCCAUCCCGGGACUGCCGUCUUCAUGCGGGGAUCUCAAAAUGAUUGGCCACAUUUGGAGCGGAAUUUAUUCCGUCAUGGGAUUGGCGAAAAUGGAAUCCGUUUACUGCGACUUCACUAAACUUCCUAGCGAUGCGGGUAAAUGUUUCAGAUUCUCACCAAUUAUUCAGUUGGAAUUAUCUAAUUUUUAA